AAGAUGCCCUUCCAUCAUGUGACGGCAGGUCUGCUGUAUAAAGGCAACUAUCUGAGCCGCUCUUUGUCUGAACACAGUGAUAGCGACCAGCUGGCUAGCAUCUCUGCAGAGGAACUGGAUGAAAUCCGUGAGGCCUUUAGGGUGCUGGAUCGCGACGGCAACGGCUUCAUCUCCAAGCAGGAGCUGGGCAUGGCCAUGCGUUCACUCGGGUACAUGCCCAGUGAAGUGGAGCUGGCCAUCAUCAUGCAGAGACUGGACAUGGAUGGGGAUGGACAGGUGGAUUUUGAUGAAUUCAUGACGAUACUGGGCCCCAAACUUCUGUCGUCGGACACACGGGAAGGCUUCCUUGGAAAUACAAUAGACAGCAUAUUUUGGCAGUUUGACAUGCAGAGGAUAACACUGGAGGAACUCAAGCACAUCCUGUUUCAUGCCUUCCGGGAUCACCUCACAAUGAAGGACAUUGAGAACAUUAUCAUUAAUGAGGAGGAGAGCCUGAAUGAGAAUUCAGGGAACUGCCAUACAGAGUUUGAGGGAGUCCAUCCAACAAAGAAGAAUCGACAGACGUGUGUGCGCAAGAGUCUGAUCUGCGCCUUUGCCAUGGCCUUCAUCAUCAGUGUUAUGCUUAUUGCGGCCAAUCAGAUGCUGCGCAAUGGAAUGGAAUAG